CCGGACCUGUCGAACUACUUGCGAUCUAACAAAUCUGUUGGUCCUAAUAUCGCGGCGGAGCAUUGGAGGAGAAGUCGAUGUCGGAUCCGUACGAGAGAGCUAAAGGCGGGAGGCUAGCCUUCAAGGGAGGCGACCUCGCGCUGAGCAGCAAGGCAAUCGACAAGAAGAAGAAGAGGAGGAAGAAGAAGGACAACAACAACAAGUCCUCCUGCGACGAUUUCGUCUCCGACGAGCCUUUGUCCGGCGACGCGGCCCUCGCCGCCUCCGAACCGGGUUCGGGUUCGUGCCCGGAUGGAGGAGACGCCGACAUCUACACCAUUGACGCGGCGAAGAAGAUGAAGUACGACGACUUGUUCCCUGUUGAAGCUAAGAAGUUCGGGUACAACCCCAAGGCCAAAUCCAAGUCCGUCGAAGAAGCCCUAGAUGAUCGGGUCAAGAAGAAGGCAGAUCGCUACUGUAAAUGAAAGGUAACUUUUUAAGUGAUGGAGGGAACUUAAGGAAUCAGUUACUGUAUUCUCUUCAACUUGCAAACCCCCUUAUGGAGAUGUUAGAGUUGAAGCUGUAGGUCAAUUGAAGCUGUAGGUCUGUACUGGCGCUUACUACCUAAUUAACGGUGCAUUUAGAAUACAAACCCCCCUUAGUUCAUACCAUUGUACAUUGUUAAACACUUCAUCCGUUGAUAGUCGAUUCUCCAUAUCCAACACAAAUUGCUCCAUUGCCAAAAUUUCAUCAAUUUCACAAGAUUAUUUGACAAUUGUUCUUAGUCGAUGUUCUCUUCACCUGAUCUAUCUGAUUGGAAUAAGUUCUGAUCUAUAAU